AUGGUUUGCAGUGCACCUGGCGAUGGGGCUGCCUCCGAGCCUGUCGGUUCAGAGGCUAGCAGUGGGGGUGAAGAGGAACUCAUCAUCCCUGAGGAUGACCCUGUGAUCGAGCAGCUGAAGGACAUCCUGGAUGAGUGGUCUCGUGGACGUCCAGAUGGGAGUGAGAUUUCCCGGGUUGCCAUCAUACGGACGGAAAAGGUGCAAAUCUUGAAAGACAUUUUGGCCAGUUGGGAGGACGGCGGCGAGGAGUCGGAUGCGAGUGAGCUAUCCGAUUCGGCCCCGUCCGAUAGUGGAGAUGAUGGCUCAGAUGCUGCAUCUGUCGACGAGGGAGAUGCAGCGGAAGGACACAUUAUCUGGUCACCUGUUGAUAUCAAGUCGUUGCAGGUACCAGCCGUGCUGGAGGCCGCAGGAGCGCCAGUGGAGCCGGCUGCUAUG